AAUGUCUAUCGUCCCGUUUAUUGGUUUCUUAUUAAGUUUAUACAGUUAGGUGAACCCAGGACACUCGGUUACAAUGCCAAUUAAUAGCUUAAACAUAGUGAACUACAUUACUCAUCUAUGCCAUAACUUUAUUACUCAGUAUUCUGAUGUGUUGCAGAGAUAUUCCCGGGAUUAUGUCUGAUUCAACCAGCAACCUCAACAUGUGGCUACUAGGGUGUUAUAUUACACUUCUCUAUGUGCUUCUGAAUCUUAUUGGUCCUAGAAAGUGUAAGUUAAGCAAUAGAAACAUGCAUUUCUGUUGGAGCACUAAUGUGUUGUUUUGGGUAAUUAUCUGAUUAUCUGGUCAUUAAAACUAGGAAUGAAAACUAAAGUGGGUGACAGCUUUAAAUGAUGAGGUGUGGCUUUCUGAGGAAAGUGAAACUUAAGAAUUGCUGAGACAGUGGCAAUCAGAGCAAAGGAGGACAACGAGCUAUGGCGUCUGUUUCUUGCUCAGAGGAUUUGAGUUGCUCUAUUUGUCUGACUAUCUUCACUGAUCCUGUUACUCUUCACUGCGGCCACUCUUUCUGCAGAACAUGUAUUACAGAAGUUCUGAACUCACAGCAUCAAUGCCCACAGUGUCGGACAGAGACGUCGAUUCUCGCAGAAUCUCUUCAAACAAACCAUAUAUUGAAAAGCCUCGCUGAAAAGACUAAAGAAGCUGAGAAAAUGGAGAAAGAGCGCAAAAGUGAGAGAGCAGAGGUGGCUGAGUGGUUGUGCCUUGAACACGAUGAAAAGCUGAAACUGUUCUGUGUCACAGAUCAGCAGUUAACUUGUAUCAUAUGCCGCGAUGGGCAGAGGCAUGAAGGACACAAGUUCAAACCAGUCAAAGAAGCAGCUGCAUCUCUGAGGCAGGAGAUGGAAAAGGGUAUAGAGAACCUUUCUGCUGAUAUCCACGCCAUAGAGAGCCAAGCCAACUCACAGAGGGAAGAAAUAACAAAAACCAAGGAGGAGUCUCAUCAGCUGAUGACCCAAAUCUGCAGCCAGUUUGAGGAGAUGCACCAGUUUCUGAGGAAGAGAGAAGAUGAGAUCAAGAAAGACCUGAAACACAAAGAGGAAGACGCUGUUGAGAAAAUGAACAAGAACUUAAAUGCUAUAGAAACAGCUUUGUCUGAGAGCAGAGAGCUGGAGGGGAAGGUGACAUCAGUUCUGAAUAUUACUGACCCUCAGAGGUUCUUAAAGAGCUGGACUGAGGGUAACAGCACGACUCCAAAAGAUUUAUCCAGGCCCAGAGCAGGUAAUCUCAAAGUGGUGAAUACAUCUCUCUCUCUGGGGCCUUAUGAAAGUCACCUGCAGUUCUUCAUGUGGAAGGAGAUGCUCCAGGUGAUCCAACCCCGAGAAGAAAAGCUGUCACUCAAAAGCAACAGUGCAAAUAUAACUCUGUCUGAUUAUGGAAGAAGUUUGUUGUGUACUACCAACCAACAAACCAACCAAGCUCAAUCAGGUUUCCAGCACGCAGCCACUUGUGGCUCCAGCACAGGAUUUGGCACCCACAUAUCUUCAGGACAGCGUGAGGACAUUUAUUUCUCAUCUCCCGUAAGCACAGAUCAUGUAUUCAGUGUCAACGAGUUCACCUCAGGGCAGCAUUACUGGGAAGUAGAGGUUGGACAAAGGAACUAUUGGGAACUGGGGGUAAAAGAUUAUUUCCUAAAAUAUGAUGGCCAAAAAUAUACCACCUGUAGUCGAAAUAUAACCACAGAGCUAAUGUUUGGAGGCAGACCUCGAAAGAUUGGGAUUUACCUAAACUGCCCAUCCAAGAAGGUCUCCUUCUAUGAUGCAGACAACAUGUCACAUAUUCACACUAUGAGCUCUGAUCUCAUGUCCACGCCAGUGUCGGCAUAUUUUAAAGUGGCAGCAGAUCCUAACCGCCUGACAGUGUGCUGGUACUGAGAUGCAGGAUGAAUAAUGAGCCAACAGGAAAUCAUUGAGCCCUGGAAUAAACAAACAAACAAACAAACAAACAAACAAACAAAC